AUCAGCUGGGAUGAAGAGCAGUGGGACAGCACAGAUCAGUCAGUGUGAAGAAGCGACCAGACUACAGGAAGGCAUACAGUCAAGCUCUUAGGAGCCAACACAUUUCUCAGAUUUUAGGGGAUCCCACCAUUCAACAGUCAGGAUGGCUCGGGAUAUGUCAGAUAAGGAAAUCUUGAAAAUGGAACUGGAACAGUUGAAGAAGGAAGUUAACACAGCUAGGACACCAGUGGCUGCAAACUGCGCAGAGACCGUUUCCUUUGUUGAGGCACUGGUACCAAAUGAUCCGCUGAUUAAGGGCGUUGCAGAUGACAAGAACCCCUACAAGGGAGACAAGGGAGGCUGCAUAGUAACAUAGCACAAAGACAUGCAGGGAAUAAUCAAACAGUUUUUUAUGAGAGCCAGUUACAUUGCUGUGAUAUCCCUUUAGGAUUCUUGUGGAUAAAUUGUACAGUAGUAAGAAAACUAAGAUCUGUAAAUGGUAUUGCUACCCGGAGAGAGACCAUUUCCCAUCACCGGAUUACUGUAUGUACCUGUUGAUAUGAAAAUGCUUCUUUGUCAAUUUGUAAUUAAAUGCAAAUAGCUGUACAAAGUU